AUGGCGGAAAACGUAAUCGGUUCACCACCAUUGACUAUGGACCCUCAAAUUCAAAACCCCUCUUCUUCAAACCCUAUAAUUCCAUCUCCUUCACAAAUCCACCACCACCAACAACAACAAUCUCCUUCAAUUCACAUGAAUUCUUCAUCACCAUCUCUCUCUCAAGAUCAACAACAACAACAUUCACAGUUACAUAGCAUCAACAACCCUAACCCUAACCCUAACCCUAACCCUAAUGUUUCCACUUUUCAACUUCAACAAACCCUACAGCGUUCACCUUCCAUGUCCCGCCUUAAUCAAAUUCAACCUCAGCAGCAGCAGCAACAACAAAUUGCCAGGCAGCAAGCCGGACUUUAUGGCGGGCAGAUGAAUUUCGGUGGUUCAGCUGCCGUCUCUGCUCAGCAACAACAAUUAAGCGGCGGUGUUGGUGUUGGCAUCGGCGGUAGUGCUUCCAAUUUGUCACGAUCGGCGUUGAUGGGACAGAGUGGUCACUUCCCAAUGUUGUCUGGUGCUGGAGCAGCACAGUUUAAUCUAUUAACCUCGCCGAGGCAGAAGAGUGGGUUGGUGCAAUCCUCCCAAUUUUCUUCGGCUAAUUCCGGUGGACAAUCACUGCAAGGAAUGCAACAAGCCAUUGGGAUGAUGGGGUCGUCUAAUCUAGCCUCUCUGAGGGCUAAUGGAGCUCUUUAUGCCCAGCAGCAGCAGCAGCUUCGAUUGACUCCUAGCCAAAUCAGGCAGCAGCUCUCACUCUCACAGCAGGCUUCACUUAACAAUCAACAGGUUCAAGGUUUACCAAGGUCAUCAUCCCUUGCUUUUAUGAAUUCUCAGUUGUCUGGAUUGUCUCAGAAUGGACAACCUGCCAUGAUGCAUAACUCUUUAACACAGAAUCAGUGGCUUAAGCAAAUGCCAGCAAUGUCUGGCCCUGCCUCCCCAUUGCGUCUUCAACAACAUCAGAGGCAGCAGCAGCUGGCUUCAUCUGCUCAACUGCAACAAAACUCUAUGAACCUAAGCCAACAGCAAUUGUCUCAGUUGAUUCAACAGAAAUCCAUAGGCCAGCCUCAGCUUCAUCAACAGCAACAGCAGCAUCCAUCCUCCCAGCAACAACAACAACUUCUACAGCAGCAGCAGCAACAACAACAAUCUCAACUACAAGCAUCUGUUCAUCAACAGCAACAGCAGCAAUCUCCGAGGAUGCCAGGACCUGCAGGCCAAAAAACACUAAGUUUAACAGGAUCGCAGCCAGAUGCUACUGCAUCUGGUACGACUACACCUGGUGGAAGUUCAAGCCAAGGAACCGAAGCAGCAACAAACCAAGUACUUGGAAAGAGAAAGAUACAGGAUUUAGUUGCACAGGUGGAUCCACAAGGUAAGCUGGACCCUUCAGUUAUAGAUCUUCUUUUAGAGCUUGCCGAUGACUUCAUUGAUUCUGCUACUACACAUGGUUGCAUUUUGGCAAAACAUAGAAAAUCAUCAACUUUGGAGUCCAGGGAUUUAUUGCUACACCUAGAGAAAGACUGGGAUUUGACAGUUCCAGGGUAUUCAAGUGAGGAGAAGAAGUGCCAGAAUAGACCUCUCUCCGGUGUCUCUCACAAAAGGCGGCUAGAUGUGGUUCGCACAUUGAUGGAUUCGUCUUCACACCCCCAACCAACUAUUAACAAUUCGAAAGAUAUCAGUAGACAGGGCCAUCCUAACCCUGUAGUUUCCAAUCAUCUAAUAAAACCCUUGAGUUCAGACCAGUUGGUUUCACAUUCAACUGGUUCUCAAAUGCUACAGCAGAUGACAAGAUUUUAA